AUGCAUAAGAAUCAGCUUCAGGAGGUGGCUCAAAAGAACGGCUACAACCUCCCCUCGUACGCAUGCAUACGCGAAGGGCCAGACCACGCGCCUAAGUUUAAAGCUACGGUUCUUUUUAACGGCGAGACGUAUGUAAGCCCGGGAUAUUUCGUAUCGCUCCGUCAGGCGGAGCACGCAGCAGCCGAGGUGGCCCUCAGGAGCCUCUCAGAGUGCUGUCCGUCGCAGUCCAUUGCGACGGUACUCGACGAAUCAGGCGUCUGCAAAAAUCUGUUACAAGAAACGGCUCAGCGCGCCGGCGUGCCGCUGCCGAAUUAUAACACGGUCCGGUCGGGUCCCGGGCACCAGCCGGUGUUCACGUGCACGCUCGAGGUCGCGGGGCUGCAGUUCUCCGGCGAGGCGGGGCGGACGAAGAAGCAGGCGGAGAAGAACGCCGCGAUGUCUGCUUGGUCCGCGCUGAAACGACAUGCCGGCCGCAACCAAUCGGGUCCCAUGGAGGACUUCGAUGUGACGGACGAGCAGGAGCAGAGCGCCAUCGCGCGGGCUCUCGCUAACGCGUACAACGCCAGCUCCAUUAAGAGCAGCCCCGCUAUUCUCUCUCAUCCAGCGGACGCUCCGCACAGCGCGUACCUCCCCUCGCCGUCUCCCAAGGGCAUGGCGUCCGCGCCGCUCUACACGCGCAACCGUAGCUCCGUCUCUCAGAAAGCCAAUCCCGGUCCCCUUUAUGUGCCGCGCCACGUCAGCUCCGGCCGAACUUCAGAGUCUGCUUCCGGCAACAGCAAUGGUCGCAUGAUGACGUCAUCGUCGUUCAAGAUGCGUGAAGUCACCAUCCGCGAGUAUUCCGUCGAAGAUUCCCUUCCAGAUAAUCUCGGGAGCAUCAUGGGUGCGCCUCCGCAGUUCCCGCGCAUGACCCACUCCAGCCCGCACAUCGAGCCGCCGGCGCCGACUUACACUCGCCGGUCGGCCGCCAGCCGGUCGAACGGCCCUGCCGACAUCGGCAGCAGCGUUCCUAACUUCCCCACGCAGCCAUUGGUCUCCCAGUCCGUGCCACGUCAGCCUGGCCUCGGUCUCCCCCAAUCAGAGCAAUCCGCGGGGAGUCAAACUUCUCGUUACACGAACAUUGCCAUCAAGCCGGGGAUGGCUUACCAGCCGCGAUCGGCGCGCGGAGGGCAGUCUAAGCCUGCGUACAACACCGGAGCAUCGUCGUACGUCCCUGCGGAACGCAUGGAUGAUGCCGGAAGCGACGGACGCUGGUCGCACAACAGUCGCCCAGUAAGCUCCAACGGCGGAGGCCUGCUCCCCAACCCCACGGACGUAUCGGGUGCUUCCACGUGGACGAGGCAGUCUAGCAGCAUGCCGUACUGGCCCGCGCAUGCUAUGGGUGGGAUGCCAUCUAGCCGCCCUGUCUCCGGUUCGUUCGCCGGCGGAAGGGUUGGUGGUGUGGUAGCUCCUGGCGUGGGUGCUGGCGUAGAUCCCAAGGGAAAGCAGUGCCGCACGGAGCUGGAAGAGGACGUGUCCGCGGCUGAGGCGACGACCCGUCAAAUGCUCAACCACCUGUGCUUGUAA